AUGGGCCUUCUCAUCUACUCCCUUCUCGCAGCAGUCCUUCUUGCUAUUGGCUUGUCUGCUCGCCGAAAGCGCGACAAUGUUAGAAAGUUGAGGGGGCCACCAGCACCCUCGUGGUUACUAGGACAUGAACCCGAAAUGCGGGUGCAAGCUGAAGCUGGCGACCUUGAUUUUGCAUGGACUCGAGAAUACGGCGCCACCCUUAAAACUAAGGCUUGUUGGGGGAGACAGGAGGUUUUGACCGCCGAUCCCCGGGUGCUCCAGCACAUCCUUCAUACUUCUGGCUAUCGCUACCCUAAGCGACCCGAUGUUAAUCAAUCUAUUCGCAACUUAAUGGGUCGGGGCAUCGUAUGGGCAUCAGGCGAAGUGCAUCAAAGGCAUAGGAAAGUCAUGAACCCGGCGUUUACGUCGCAACAGUUGCGGGGCUUCCUCCCUCUCUUCCAAAGCACCGCUUCACGUAUGACGCAGAAAUGGAAGGAUUCGAUUCAAGCCGGAGAUCAGACUAUCAAUGUGUCACACUGGCUUGCGCGAAGCACUUUAGACGCAAUCGGAGAAACGGCUUUUGAUUAUCACUUCGACGCGUUAGAAGGCGCGCAGAGCGAGCUAUCUGAGUCCUUGAAGUAUCUGUUCGCCGAUACCACCCCCUUCCCCCCUGCUUGGGAUCUCCUUUUCAAAGCAUUGUGGCGUUACAUCCCGACCUCCAUCCUCCAGUUGGUGGAAUACAUGCCAAGCAAAGAAUAUCGCCGGUUCCGCAACUUCAAGACGCUCACAAAGGGCAUUGCAAAGGGACUGAUUGAUCAGAAGGCAAAGAUACCUAUGGAAGACGAUGCUACGCGAGACGUGAUGAGUAUUUUGUGCAAAUCUAAUGUCUCUGAAGAUCCCAACUGCCGGCUCGAUGAAGAUGAAAUUUUGUCGCAGAUGGCGACAAUCAUGUUUGCCGGGCACGAUUCCAGCGCCGCAACACUUUCUUGGCUUCUCUACGAACUUGGUAGACAUCCAGAAGAUCAGACGAGAAUGAGGGAAGAGAUUCAGCACCUCCGUGGAAGGUUGCCCAGUGGCACCGAUUUCACCAUGGCCCACCUCGACUCCCUAGUAUUUACCAACGCUUGCAUCAAGGAGGUCUUACGGCUCCAUCCAAUCGUCUCCACUUUGUUUCGUACGGCAGAUAGAGACGACAUCCUUCCUUUAGCGUUGCCUGUCAUUACCGAGGAUGGACAGACCAUGACGGAACUCCAUAUCAGAAAGGGCCAGGACUUCCGUUUGUCUGUCUGUGCUUACAACCGACUACCCUCUGUGUGGGGAGAUGACGCAGAUGAAUGGAAUCCUCGUAGGUUCCUCGACGUCCCAAAAGAGAAACAAAUCAACAUCGGCGUGUACGCAAAUUUGAUGACAUUCUCUGCUGGAGUCCGUGGAUGUAUUGGCUGGCGUUUUACUCUCAUCGAGCUACAAGCAUUCACUGUUGAAGUGGUCGAAAACUUCAAGAUCGUCUUCCCCAAAGACAUAGAGAUAAUGAGGAUGGCACUUGGACUCAUGGUUCCUAUGGUCAAAGGCAAGAUGCAUGAAGGGACACAGAUGCCCCUUCACCUCUCUUUGGCAGAAGAGUAG